AUGGGAGUCGUUGCACAGGACAUCACGGACGAUGUUGUCGUCGACUACAUCUCCGGCCUCGUCGACGACGAGGACGAGGAAGUCGAUGAGAUCGUCUCCAUGACACGGGGUAUGCUGACGGGCGGCCCGUCGUCCUCGAACACCAAGGCGCUGGACGAGUUUAUGGAGCGCCUGGAGGCCUACCUCGAGUCGCAGAGCAGCAAGCGCGUGCGCAAGAGCGACAAGGCGACCAAGCUCGACAAGACGGUCUCGAUGCGCAACCAGCAGCAGUCGGCGACGAUCGCCAUGUCGGGCACCGUGGACCUGGACAGUGUGAACAAGUCGCACACGUCGCGCGUCGACAUGGCCAAGCUCGCCAAGGCCGAGGCCAAGCUCAAGGCCAAGCUCGAGAAGCGCUCGAAGCGCUCCCUGUACGAAGGCUCGAAGCUCAUCGAGCUGCAGAAGAAGCAGGCCAACUACGAGGAAAUGUUCAUGCGCGUCAACCCGCUCGACCUCUCUGGCGCCGCCAAGGGCAAGUCGAAGGACAUCCACCUCACCAACAUCGACGUCUCGUUCGCUUCCAACCGUAUCCUCUCCGGCGCCACCCUCACCAUGGCCUACGGACGCCGCUACGGUCUCAUCGGUCGUAACGGUGUGGGUAAGUCGACGCUGCUGCGCCACAUGGCGCUGCGUGAGCUGCCGAUCCCGCAGCACAUUUCCGUGCUGUACGUCGAGCAGGAGAUUGUGGGCGACGACACGAAGGCGAUCGACAGUGUGCUCAAGGCCGACGUAUGGCGACACAAGCUGCUGCAGGACGAGAAGGAGGUGAACGAGCAGCUGGAGAAGAUGGAGCGUGAUGGACCGGGAACAGACGCCGAGGCGGUGCGUGUCGAGUUUGAGCGGGAGAAGGACGACCUCGCGACUCGUCUUGGCGAGAUCCAGCGCUCGCUCGUCGAGAUGGAGGCCGAGACUGGCCCGGCGCGUGCCGGUGCCCUGCUUGCCGGUCUCGGUUUCAGCGAGGAGGACCAGCAGAAGCCGACGAGCUCCUUCUCUGGAGGUUGGCGUAUGCGUCUUGCGCUCGCGCGUGCGCUCUUUGUCAAGCCGGACGUGCUCAUGCUCGACGAGCCGUCGAACAUGCUGGACCUGAACGCCAUCGCCUGGCUCGAAGACUACCUGCAAACGUGGCCGGGAACGAUCCUCGUUGUUUCGCACGACCGUGCCUUCCUCGACGCGGUUGCGACCGACAUUGUGCACCAGCACUCCCAGCGCCUCGACUACUACAAGGGCAACUUUACCAACUUCUACGCGACCAAGACGGAGCGUGCCCUCGCCCAGCGCAAGGAGUACGAGGCCCAGCUCGCGUACCGCCAGCACCUGCAGGCGUACAUUGACCGAUGGCGCUACAACGCCAACCGCGCGCAACAAGCGCAGUCGCGUAUCAAGAUUCUCGAGAAGCUGCCAGACCUCGAGCCGCCAGAGGAGGACGACGCGAACGAAAAGUUCAAGUUCCCGGACCCGGACAAGAUCUCGCCGCCGCUCCUGCAGCUCGACGAGGCGACGUUCGGAUACUCGCCCGACAAGCUGAUCCUGAAGGACGUCAACAUGAACGUGGACCUGGACAGUCGCCAGCCAUCAUUGGCCCGAACGGAGCAGGCAAGUCGACGCUGA